UUGCUACUAUCUCCGAACUGACCUGGCCCUCGAUUCGACAUUCGAAUACUUCUUGAACUAUUCUCGCUACAAUGGACCCAUUCUCAGCAGAAGGCGAAUUAAUCAACAUCCACAAUGCCUUCCACCAAGGCCAAUAUCCCGCCGUGAUCGACUUCGACCCCGCGGUCCUCUCCCCGGAGAACCAGCUCCCCGCCCGCAUCCUCCAGCUCCGCGCCCAGAUCGCGCUGGGCCAGUCCGCCGCCGUGCUGGCCGAGCUCGCCGGCGAGGACGACAGCAACCCGGACCUGGCCGCGGUGAAGGCCCUGGCGCAGCAGUCGGCCGGCGAUCUCGAGUCGGCGCACACCCUCGCCCAGGACCUCGCCGAGAACUUUCCCGACAACGGCACCGUGCAGGUCCUGGCCGGCACGGUGCUGCAGGCCCAGGGACGCAGUGAGGAGGCGCUGGCGCUGUUGGCCAAGCAUCAGGGAAGUUUGGAGGCCGUCGCCUUAAUCGUGCAGAUCCACCUCCACCAGAACCGAUCCGAUCUCGCCCUGAAAGAAGUGCAGGCCGCCAAGCGCUGGGCGCAGGAUUCGCUGCUGGUCAACCUGGCGGAAUCGUGGGUGGGGUUGAGAGUCGGUGGCGAGAAAUACCAAGCGGCCUUCUACGUUUACGAGGAACUGGCCUCCGCGCCCGGCACCGCCGCCCCGCUGUCGAUCGUCGGCCAGGCCGUCGCCGAGCUGCACCUGGGGAGACUCCCCGAGGCGGAGGCGGCGCUGUCCACGGCGCUGGAGAAAUAUCCCGACGAUGCUGAGGUGAUCGCCAAUGCGAUCGUGUUGAAUGUUCUCGCUGGCAAAUCGGCGGAGGAGUUGGAAGGACGUCUCCAGCAGACUCACCCGUCGCAUCCUCUGUUGAGCGAUAUCCAGGAGAAGAGUGAUCUCUUUGACUCUGCGGCGGCUAAGUACGCCCCUAGGGUGUCGGCCUAAGUUGAGUGCUAGGCGCUGCUGUGUUUUGACUCUGCAUUUGUUUCCUCCUUUCUUGAAGUUUACAUUUAGUAUCACCCUCUAGCGCAAGUUGCUCCUUUCAUGAUGAAUCCAUACGAUGGCAUAGCUUUCGUACUACCAGUAAAUAUUA